CACUUCUACCACUGAUUGGUUUAGGUCACUCCAAGAAAAAGAAAGAAAGAGAGAAAUUAAAACAGAGAGGACCAAAGAGUAAUAACAGUAGACACCGGUCUCCCAGACAGAAACAAUGGACCGUGGUGAAGAGACUCCCGUCACCAUUGCAAUGUCUUCGGACCUGGUGUUUGUGAGGAAUCAGCAGAGCAACUCAGUGAGACAUGGUCCUCUCUUCUCCUUCAUCAGGGCUCUGAAAGCAGUGAAUGGUCACUUGUUAGAGUAUUAUCCCGAGAGUGAAGAGCUUUUUAGAGUCCUUCUUAUUGGUGACAACUCAUCAGGCUCAUUAACAUCUACCAUCAGAGAUAACGCGCUGGAAGAACCCAUCACUGUCUUGUCUGUCAGUGAAGAAUAUCUUCUCAGAGAACUAAAGAGAAACGGUACCCAGCUGUACCUGUCUACUGAAAAAUCAAAGGUUCAAGAUGCACUGGGGAAAGGUAUAACUGCUGUUCAUGUUCAGAUCCCAAAGCCAAUGAAGGAAGUGUCAGAGACUGAGCUGCGAGUGGCCUUUGAUGGUGAUGCGGUCAUCUUCUCCAAUGAGUCAGAGCUUGUUUAUUCCAAGGAUGGUUUUCAAGCUUUCAUUGAACACGAGAGGAAACAUGCUGAAGAUCCAAUGAAAGAGGGGCCAUUGACGGAGUUCCUGAAAUCUUUAGAGAAACUAAAGAAGAAGUUACGUCAUAAAGACCAAGGAAACAACAUGAUCUGUACCUACCUGGUGACGUCUCGUAGUCCAUGCUGCCCUGAGUACAGAGCCCGGAACACUCUGCAGAGUUGGGGGCUGGAGAUGGACGAGGCUGUGUUUCUAGCAGGAGCUGGGAAAGGUCCCACACUGCAGAGAAUCAAGCCACAUAUUUUCUUUGAUGAUCAGGAGAGCCAUGUUAAGGCUGCAUUAGCAGUUGGCAGAAUGGCAUGUCAGGUGUUUAAUAACUGAAACUAACCAAAAAGCAAUUCAUGUUUAGAAAGGUUACAACCAGCGAGGACAAGUAAAUCACUGAGGAGUGCCAGUUGC